AUGUCUCCUGACCAGAAAGAGGACCAAAUCGAGCACAUCGACAUGGCGAACGUGGAUAAUAAGACCGAUCCUGAAUACCCGCCCAUCGAUGACGCUUGGAGGGCCAGAGAAAAACGGCUUGUUAGGAAGCUGGACAUGACACUCAUGCCUAUGGUCUGGGUUUUGUAUCUAUUCAACUACCUGGACCGAAACAAUAUCGCACAAGCAAAGUUAGAUUCAUUCGAGGAUGACCUCGGUCUCAAAGGAAAUCAGUUCAACAUUGCUGUUUCCAUUCUCAAUGUUGGAUACAUGCUUGGUCAGCUGCCCAGUAACAUGAUCCUCACUCGCGUCAGACCCUCACUCUUCAUGCCAUUUUGGAUCUGCGCCUGGUCCUGCAUCUCUGCAGCUACUGCCGCUACCCAUAACUUCGAGGGCCUCGUUGCGGUGCGGUUCUUCCUUGGAGUUUGCGAAGCACCUUUCUUCCCUGGCGCCUUCUAUCUACUCUCCUGCUGGUAUACGAAAAAGGAACUUGCUCUCCGUACAGCAGUCUUAUACUCUGGUCUUGUCUUGGCAACUGCCUUCUCCGGCUUGCUAGCUGCAGGUAUCUUUGCUGGUCUGUCCGGCGCCCGAGGUUUGAGUGGCUGGCGAUGGCUGUUCCUCCUCGAAGGCGUCGCUACUUUCGUCAUUGGUGUCCUGGCUAUCUUUAUCCUGCCAGACUUUCCCUCUUCCAAGUCCGGUUCGGCCACUUGGUUGCUCAGUGACGACGAGCGACAGUUGGCUGUGGAGAGAAUUGCUCGAGACCAGGUUUCCAACCAGGAGUCGAACAGGUCCAUAUGGCAUGGGCUGAGGACCGCAGCGAUGGAUUUUCGCGUUUGGGUCUUUGCUUUCAUUCUCUGCAGCAACCAUACUGCCUACGGCUUCAACAACUUCUAUCCUACUAUUGUCAAAGGCUUCGGCCUUGGCAGUCGCACAAUCACUCUCCUUUGUACAUGCCCUCCCUACUUUGUCGGGGCAAUCGUCUCCUUCGCUGUCGCUUACUCGAGCGAUGUCCGAGGUGAACGCGGCUGGCAUAUCAGUGUCCCGAUGGGAGUCGCCAUCGUUGGUUUCAUCAUCUCAGUCUCGGUCCUCAACCUUCCCGUUCGCUAUUUUGCAUCAUUCCUGUACAUCUCGGGAUGUUUUGCUGCCAAUGCGAUUGUUUACAGUUGGGCCGCAUCAUCUACGAGCCAGACGCCGGAAAAAAGAGCUUGUGCUACCGCGAUCAUCAACCUGACGGGCCAAUUCGGAAACAUCUGGAGCCCUUACUUCUUUUUACCCCACGAGUCGCCCAGGUAUACCACCGCCAUGAUACUUAUGAUUGCAUUUUCCGGGGCCAGUAUUGUUGGCUGCUGUCUUAUGAAAUGGGUUUUGCGUCGGGAUAACAAGAAGCUGGUUGAGAGUUGGACGGGAACUGGGGCCCCUAACUUGUACACCCUCUGA